GUCCAGCUGGCAAGGCCCGGGAAAGAGUAGAAAGAGCGGAACUGGGAAACAGUCUUGUUUGGACUUUUCAGCUCACCGUGACAUCCAGGCUCUGCCAACCGAUUCCUCCAAGUUCUCCAAGGCGGUCAGCAUUGACUACAGCGAUUGUGUACGAAUUCAGCGCAGCGCCGCACGAUGUCCGACUCUUUACCCAAAAACGUUCCCGCAUCCAUCCAAUCUGGUACUCCCUCAGGGCUUCUGAGUGGCCCAUCCGAUACCGAUCACCGCAGGAAACGACUCCAGCGAAUUGGCAGCCUCUCAUUGCCUACAGCACAAAAUCAAGCAGACAACGAGACCACUGCCUUGCGCGCAGUUCCCACCCGCACAAACUACGGGACAUUGCCCAUUGUUCACCCGCGCCGCGCAUCCACCAAAUCCGAUCAAAUUUCGGUCGCUCGUCGCCAACCCACUCUCACAGGCCUUUCUCGAACGCGUAGUGGGACACGCUCUGUUCCAGAUUCUCCAUCGGCCUUCUCACCAACAUUUAUACGCGACACACUCCGCAGUCGCAUUUCCCAGCAGCGGCCCAUAUCUGCCUACGACGCACAGCUCGCAAAUAUCAACGCCGAUACCCCUGGCACUGACAUCGACGUUCGAACUAACGGAUUCCGCGUAUGGUACUCUUCGUUCUCAUCAAUCGAUUGGCUUCACGAUGCCAUCAAGGACUCGGCCCGGUUCGCCCGGCUCCGGCGCGGUAAAUCCAUACGCUCCCGGGUUCGACUUACAUUCGACAAGAGCAUUGGAUGGAUCAUUGUCACAGUCGUCGGAUUCCUCACUGCCAUAGUUGCAUUUCUUGUCGUCCGUGCAGAACAAUGGCUGUUUGAUGCAAAGCAGGGCUACUGCACGACCGCAUGGUGGCAUGCACGACAUUUUUGCUGCCCUCUGCCUGACGAGUACGGAUCUUUGGAUGACAUUUGUCCCACUUGGAGGACCUGGUCAGACGUCUUCGCGUCAUGGACGGGCCGCGAAUUGGGAGGUGAUGAUAGUGCCGUACAGUAUCUUGCGUAUACGAUCAUUGCGGUUUUAUUAGCCAGUACUUCAUCGCUCCUCACAAUCUAUCUCACGGCGUCAACGUCUUUUGUCACCCGCAAAGAAUCCGGAGUUCUGUCCCCGGGGUUCGACAAAAGUGGUGAACAGAAUAUUUCGAGCUCGUCGCAGGCCAAGCGUCGAGUGCUUUACUACGCUGCUGGGAGCGGAAUUCCGGAGAUCAAGACCAUUCUAUCUGGCUUCGUCAUUCAUGGUUAUCUUGGUUUGCGCACGCUAUUGACUAAAGCGGUUGGAUUGGCUUUGUCAGUUGGUUCAGGAUUAUCUCUUGGCAAGGAGGGACCUUUCGUCCACAUUGCAUGUUGCGUAGGCAACAUCGUCAGCCGUUAUCAUAGCAAGUAUGAAAAUAACGAAGCCAAGCGUCGUGAGAUAUUCAGCGCAGCAUGCGCGGCAGGUGUUGCUGUUGCAUUUGGAGCUCCAAUUGGUGGUACCCUGUUUAGCUUGGAAGAAGUUUCUUACUUCUUCCCGCCGAAGGUUAUGUGGAGAAGCUUUUUCUGUGCGAUGAUAGCGGCUGUUACCCUCCGGUUCCUCAAUCCUUUCGGAACUGGUAAAGUUGUAUUGUUCCAGGUUACUUAUGACAAGGACUGGCAUGCGUAUGAGCUGAUAUUUUUCCUCUUACUUGGCGUUCUGGGAGGAGUAUACGGCGCGUACUUUUCCAAGUUGAACUAUCGCUGGAGUCGUGACGUUCGUGGCGGAACAUGGCUCAAGUCACAUCCAGUUGCAGAAGUCAUUCUUGUUACGCUUGCAACCACCGUCUUGUGCUUCUUAAAUCCAUAUGCACGCAUGGGCGGCACAGAGCUUGUUUACAAUCUCUUUUCUGAAUGUCGCACAGGCAGCAAAAAUAGUCAUUUUGAUUUGUGCGUCCUGGAUCCAAGCAGUUUCGGCCAUAUCUGGCCAGUUGUACGAGCGAUCCUUGUUGCCAUGAUAGUCAAGGGUUUCCUGACCAUAAUCACAUUUGGCAUCAAACUGCCGGCCGGGAUUUUUAUACCCACCCUCGGAGUAGGUGCAUGCGCUGGACGGAUUGUUGGCAUUGCUGUGCAAUACCUUCAGUACCAUUACCCGAAAAGUGCCGUCUUCGCUGUGUGCGAUGGUGACAUGGAUUGUGUCGUGCCUGGCUUGUAUGCGAUGGUGGGAGCUGCAGCAGCCUUGUCUGGCGUCACGAGAACGACGGUGUCAUUAUCGGUCAUCAUGUUCGAGCUGACCGAUACCCUCACAUAUGCUGUUCCUGUCAUGCUGUCUGUUCUGGUUGCCAAGACUGUAGCCGAUGCUCUUGAGCCUAAGGGGAUUUAUGACCUGGUCAUUGAGCUGUCUCAACUUCCGUACCUAGAUGCUAAACAUGAAUACCUGUGGUCAAAUCUGUCCAUCAAGGAAGUGACCGAUCGAGAUGUCGACGUUAUCAGGGUCGAUCAACACAACACCGUUGAAAGUCUUCGGGACCAAUUGCAAUCACUUUUGAAUGCUGAGCACGACGACGGUGGUUUCCCCAUUCUCAGGCCAAGUUUCGACGGAGACGGGAUGCGCAUGAUUGGCUACAUUGGCGCUAGCGAACUAGAACAUGCUCUCGCUGUUGUGGCGGAGGGAGCAACCGAGGAAGUUCGCUUCCACACUACUUAUUCCCAUGAGGAACUGGCUACUUCAUUUUCGACCUGGGCAGAAGAUACGAGGCAGAGUGAAGAAGAUCCAUUUGACUUCAGCAUAUAUAUGGACCAGGCACCAUUGGCGAUUCAGUCCAACUCGCCUUUGGAGCUUCUUCACCAAUUCUUCGUAAAACUCGGCGCUCGUUAUGUUGUCGUGACGGACACUGACGGUGACUACGAAGGCGUAAUCGACAAGAAGACGUGGCUAGCAUUUCUCAGCGAAUUGGAGGAGAAAUCGUGAUGAACUCGCGACCUGCCGCCGCGAUGGGUUUAAUGGGCAUGGACAACCUACGAUCACACACUAUGGAAAUAUUCUGUGGAUACUGGUUGCAUACCCAAAGGAUUUUGUUGUACACAAUACUGACAUAUGUAGUACUGACAGAACUCGGCUGUAGCAUGUUUAUGGUUGAUUAAUUAUUGACUAUGUUAUGAUUUACAACUAUUAAUAUUCCCUACUCGUUAUACGUUAUGACCC